AACGACUCGGUGCACGGGAAACUUCAGAGGGCUACUUCACUGACUCACUGUAUGUCACAGGCUGUAUAAAUAUGGGAUCCCCCCUCUGUGGAUCACACACUUGACCAAUUGCGCUGCGCAAGAGUCCGAUGGGUCUUUUGAAUUGAGCGAUCCUCUUUGGGUAGAUGUGGUACAGUACAGUAGGUAGUUGUAGUGAAGGGUCUGUGCGUGAGUGAGUGAGUGUGUGUGUGUGUGUGUGUGUGUGUGUGGUUGUGUGAAUGUGCACUCCUAGAAUAGAAAGCCAAAGGAAGGAGAAGAAGGAGAAGAAGAGAGGCGGGAUCGGUUUGUGCCUUGUUGAAAUCCAGGGUGAAGCAAAUAGAUCGUCUGUAACAGAUCGAUCAGCAGUUCGCGCUCCCUUUGUGGAUUUGAUGGAUGUUUGAUCAGUGGAUGUGAUGCCCAUAUAUAUCAUCGACCGAAAAUUUCCCGACACAUCUGGUGAGUUGAUACAGCCAGCAGCUGAAGGAGGAGACCCGAGAAUGACUGAGACCAACCCCCCCAAGUCGGCUAAGAAGCCCCGCUGGACCUCCCUGGAGAUCGGCCUCAUCACUAUUGUCUCCUUGCUUUUCAUUGUCAUCGUUGCCCUAAUCAUUCUGUUUGCCACCCAGAAGACUGAUGAAAUCUGCACCACAGCUGACUGCACGCAGUCAGCGUCUCGUCUCAUUGAGAACAUGGAUGCUAGCGUGGACCCUUGCGACAACUUCUACCAGUAUGCCUGUGGAGGCUGGCUUAAAAAGAACAUCAUCCCAGAGACCAGCUCUAGAUACAGCACCUUUGACAUCUUACGAGACGAACUGGAGGUCAUCCUCAAAGGUGUCCUCGAAAAAACUGUGGAGGGGGAAGCCGCCGCUCUCAUCAAGGCUAAGACCCUUUACAAGUCCUGUACCAAUGAGAGUUUAAUUGAGCUCAGAGGAGGGACUCCGUUGCUCGACAUGUUGCCUGAUAUGUUUGAGUGGCCCAUCGCUGUGGACAACUGGGAAACCAACUAUGGUCAAACGUGGAGGUUGGAAGACGUCAUCGCCAAGCUUAAUGAGAAAUAUGGAACUCAGCUCUUGGUUAACUUUUUUGUCGGCACCGAUGACAGGGACUCCAAUUCGCACAUCAUUCAUUUUGACCAGCAAACAAGCCUCGGCCUCCUGUCCAGAGAUUAUUACGCCUGCACCGGACCCUAUGCAGAGGCAUGUCGGGCCUAUGAACAGUUCAUGAUUGACCUGGCUAAGCUGAUCCGCUCUGACCGGAGUCUGUCCGUCAAUGAAACCCUCAUCAGAGAGGACGUGACGCGAGUUAUGGAGCUGGAGAGGGACAUCGCCAAUGCUACUGAUACUCCAGAGGACCGUAACAACCCAGUGCUGCUUUACAACAAGAUGGAACUGGCUGAUCUGAACGCCAACUUCACUCUUGAGGUGGAAUCACAGGUGUUUGACUGGAGCUACUUCACCGCUAAGAUAAUGGAUACGGUCAACAUCAGCGUUCCCGACACAGAGAAGGUCAUAAACUACUCCCCCAACUAUUACAGAAGACUCAACCUAAUCCUGGCCAGAUACACCAAGAGGGAUCUGCAGAACUACAUGGUGUGGCGUUUUGCUAUGAACAUGGUGGUGGGCCUGAGCAGAGCUUACAGGGACACCAGGAAGGCCUUCCGCAAGGCUCUGUCUGGGACAACUUCAGAGGCAGCAGUGUGGCGGCAGUGUGCACUUUACGUCAACAACAACAUGGACAAUGCUGUCGGUCGACUGUAUGUGCAGGAGGCUUUCUCUGAAAAGAGCAAAGAACUGAUGGAAGAGAUGAUUAAAGAUAUUCGGGAAGUGUUCAUUAGUAACCUCGAUGACCUGACCUGGAUGGAUGCAGAGACCAAGAAGGCAGCUGAGGAGAAGGCCCGAGCUAUUCGAGAACGGAUCGGCUACUCUGACAACAUCAUGGAUGAUGAAUACCUUAACAAUGAGUACAAAGAUCUGAGCUACAAUGCAGAGGAGUACUUUGAAAACAUCCUACAGAACCUGGAGUAUGUGCAGAAGAAACGCCUGCGGAAACUCAGAGUCAAAGUCAACAAAGAGGAGUGGGUAACUGGAGCUGCUGUUGUCAACGCCUUCUACUCAUCCAGCAAAAAUCAAAUAGUGUUCCCUGCAGGUAUCCUCCAGCCGCCAUUCUUCAGUAAAGGCCAGGCUAAAUCUCUCAACUAUGGUGGCAUCGGCAUGGUAAUCGGUCACGAGAUCACACAUGGCUUUGAUGACAAUGGCCGUAACUAUGAUAAGGACGGCGAUCUGAAGGAUUGGUGGACGCCAGACUCCACUCAGAGGUUCCUGGAGCUUUCAAAAUGUAUCGUCGAUCAGUACGGCAACUUCUCUUGGGACCUGGCCAAUGGACUUAAUUUAAAUGGAAAUAACACCCUCGGGGAGAACAUUGCUGACAAUGGAGGGAUACGUCAAGCAUAUCAGGCGUAUAAGAACUACGUGAAGGAGCAUGGACAGGAACCACCGCUGCCCGGCAUUGACCUUUCCCAUGAUCAACUCUUCUUCCUAAACUUUGCUCAGGUGUGGUGUGGAACACACAGACCAGAGCAAGCUGUUAAUUCCAUUAAAGUAGACGUACACAGUCCAGGGAAAUUCAGGGUUCUUGGCUCCCUGCAGAAUUUCCCAGAAUUUGCCAAAGCAUUCAACUGCAACAAGAGCAGCUACAUGGUCCCCGACAACAUCUGCCGUGUGUGGUGAUCCACAGACCGCCGGGACGGGGACCGUUCUGAUGUGGGCCGUCCCCGCCCCUCCUUACAGUACCUCUCCCCUCUGACUGCUGGAGCACUCGUGGGUGGCUACAAGGAAGUGACAUCUCCCCUUGGCUCUUUACUGGAUGGACCAGGGCUGGUGGACUGACACUGCAGUAUGCACUUCCUCCGAGGACGGCAGCGGACUGCACCCUCACAGACAGAAGGAGAACCGUCUCUCCGACUCUGAUACUGUAGUUCAUUCAAUCAGCCUGAUUAUUCUGCUACUCACUGGAUACAAUCACUCCAUCUGUUUUUAUUUUUCCCUCCGUUUUCAUCUUGUUUUACUCGUCAUUUGUGGGUCUGCCAGUUUGCGUAUGUGAGUGUGUGUGUGUAUGUGUGUGUCAGUCAAAAUACUGUAGAAGCGGUUGGCAGGAGAGGGGCAGACAGACAAAUGUGUUCAAACCCACUGGCAUAUGAAUACACCACACACCCACUCACACUCAUACACAUGUAACAGGGCUGAACCACUGUACUGUAUGUGGGACUGAGCUGUAUGCCUCUCAUCAAACCUCAGCUUUCAUCUACACGCUGAUACACUCUGCAAUGUACUCGUAUUGUACUCUCUGUUAAUACAUAGAACUAGAUUAGGUAAAUUAUUCCAGAAAAUCCGAAUUUAUUUUGAUGAAUAGACCAGUAAGUAGUUAAUCGUGGUCACAUAUUACACAAUACUGUUCUAUAUUUAAUGUUAAUGACUUAACUUAACAUUGACAGGCGACUGCUGUUCGUUAACAGUAUGUCAAAUAAACCAAAAUGAAUUUUUUGCCUUUAAGAUGACAGCUGGUCACGAAUCAUUGAGCUGACAAUCGACAGACACCAGACUCUUUUUAUACGUUCACUGAGCCGCCUGUGUGUUUCUGUAUGGAUGUAUGACUCUGCGUGUUUUCCGGUCUCUGUAAGUCGUCAUGAUCGCCGCCCACUGUUCGUCAAGCAAAUUGGUAUGCCUUACAUGAUCUGUUGUGCUACUCUGUGUGAGAGCGUGUCUGUAAAUGUAUCAUUAAAGGAAAAGUUUGUCUUUUUCACGAA